AACCAUGGAAACGUCACCAAGUAUCUUCCUCCGUCCGUUUGAUCUCUCUGACGCCGAAGACGUUCUUAAAUGGGCAGGCGACGAUGACGUCACACGUUACCUUCGAUGGACCUCCGUUAGAACCGUGGAAGAAGCCCGACAACACAUCCUCCAAACGGCCAUACCACACCCGUGGCGCCGUUCCAUUUCUCUCCUCAAAGACGGUCGUUCGAUAGGUUGCGUCUCCGUAAGGCCUGAUAAUGGCGAUGGUAGGUGCCGAGCUGACGUUGGAUACGCCGUGGAAAAAGAGUAUUGGGGACGGGGGAUAGCCACGGCGGCGGUGAGGAUGGCGGUGGAACAAGCUUUUGAGGUUUUUCCGGAUGUGGUGAGGUUACAAGCGGUGGUUGAGGUGGAGAAUAAAGCGUCACAGAAAGUUUUGGAGAAAGUUGGGUUUGACAAAGAGGGUUUGCUUAAAAAGUAUGGUUUUUGCAAAGGAGGGAUUAGUGAUAUGUUUUUGUAUAGUUUUGUUAAAGAGGAAAACGGGAGAAAUAGAUAUCAGGUUCUUACCGAAUGACAGAAAAGAAAAAGAUGUUUACGGUAACGAGUGAUGGUGUCUUUUGUCUCCAUCUUCUUAAGUAUUUUUUGUAAAAUGGUGUCAUGUGAAUUAUGGAUCUACCAUGUAUUUUUAUCUCAGCUAAAAAGUUACUAUAAAUAGCUUGGAGAUUAUAAGCUAUGGUGACACUGAUGAUAAAACUUAUUAUUAUAUAUUGCUGUUUUUGU